AUGCAUUCCCCUGAAACGGGAAUUUUCAGAGAAUUCCUCGCGUUUGGCUGUGAAGCCGUCUAUGCCUCGCUGGAUAGUGUGGUGAUCGAGGAGGGAAUCGAACGACUCGAAAUGAAACUUGGCGUGCUCCAGAUAAUCGACGGUUUGUCGUAUUUACAUAACUCGGCGAAAAUCCUUCACGGAAACCUCACCCCUGCUUCGAUCUAUGUGACCAGCAGUCGACUAUGGAAAAUAGCUGGAUUCGCGUUUGCAGUCGCAGCUAAGGAGCCGGACUGCUACCCAUGCUAUCCAUGGACGAAGAAAUUACCUCCAAUCCUGCAACCGGAUCUUGAUUUCCUUGCUCCAGAAUACCUGGCGCCGAAUCAACAAACCGUCACAUCGGCUGCAGACGUUUUCUCGCUCGGUGUGCUUAUAUGCUGGAUCUAUGCCGGUCAGUUCAUUUGA